CGGGGGCGCGCGCGUUCACAUAGCACAGCGCUUCCUCUUCCCGUGCUGGUGCCCGCCUGAGAGGGACGGUAGAAAAUGGCGAGUCUGUGCAAAAAGCAGCAAUGCACAAUCGACAGGCGCGGCUUUCGGCAGGAACUUGACUCGUGGCGACACAAACUCCUUCACUGUGUAGGUUUUGAGAGCAUCCUCGAAGGUCUGAUUGAUCCAGAGCUGGUAGAAGACCUAAAAUUAUUUAAGGACUUGACGCCUGUUGCAGUGUCUGAUUGGUCAUUUGAUGAAAAUUGCCUUUUCUGCUGUAUGAGAAGAGACAAAGUCAAAGAACACAUAAUUGGCUUGAAUAAGGAGGGUCUUGAAGACACCCCCAAACCCCUCCUGGUUAAAGAUCAGAUCACAAUAAUUAGACUAGAGAAACAAGCUGAAGAAUUUCUCAGUGCUGUUCUCCGCAGAAAAGAUGUGCCAGGUUUCUCAGACCCUCACAUUCCAGUAGUGGCUCGUGAGAUUCUUCAGAGAAUGAUCAGUCAGUUUGCUGCCGAAUAUACCUCAAAAACCAGCUCCCCUCAGGACGGUUGCUCAGACUCCCUGCCUCACACUGACCAAAGCCUGCCGACCCCACCCUUACUGACAGGGGCUCCUCCUCCUCCUACCAGUCCUGCCACCCUUCUGGCUGGGCCAGCACACAACCAGAACCCCGUCCUAAGUAAGCUCCUCAUGGCGGACCAGGAUGCUCCUCUUGACCUCACCAUCAAGAAACCCACGGCAGAGCCCGGUGAACAAGAAGGAGUUCUUGACUUGUCGAUCAAAAAGAAUCGCUAUAGCAGUGGCGUACCUGUCCAGAGUGCCUGCCUUUCUCCGGCCACAUCCACACUGAAGGGGCGAUCCUUGAGAGCGGACGGACAAGUCGGGCUGUAUAAGAGGAGCCGACAGGAUGGGAGGAGGAGGGAGAAUUUCGGCCACUCUGCCUGUUAUAAGCCUUCCUCGUCCCUUGCAUACUCGCUGCACAUCAAAGAGGAAGCCGAUCUGGAGAGCGACCCAGAGUCACCUCUCAGCCAUAACCACCUUUCCAGCCCUACUGAGAUUUUCAGAAAUGCGUCUUCUUCUGGGAAUUCUAAAGCCCAUUUCGGGGCCCUACUCAAACUCAAAACCAGCAGCGAAGCAGGCGAGCACCUUAAAGCCAUACCAAGGUUGUUGAAAGCGGCAGGACUUUUGACAAAGUCGCUUUCCACUGACAGAGGAAAUCUCAAUGAGACCUGUGUGGAGCAAGACCUGUCCCUUUCUCAUUCCUCCCCUUUUGACCUCAAGAUCCCUCAAGUGCGAGCUGUGGGCAAAGGAGCCGACCCGUGCUGGGAUUCCAUAGCCACAGAAUAUUCAGGUUCCCUCUCUGAGAAUGGUUUUGGAACGAAGCUUUGCUCUGUUCUACCCAGACAGAUCCAGAAAAGGAGCAGCGUGGGAUCUAAUAGCUCAGGUUCAGAGAAGGAAUAUUGGCCUUUCCCUACUGACCGUCAAUCCUUGGGGGAGAAUUAUUCAGUCGAUUCAGAGUCUGAUCCGGGGAACAAGCAGCCAAGGAAGAAACGGGGGCGAUAUCGACAAUACAACACCGAGCUGCUUGAAGAGGCCAUUGUGGUGGUGAUGGGUGGGAAAAUGAGUGUGUCUAAAGCCCAAUCAGUCUAUGGAAUUCCACACAGCACCCUGGAAUACAAAGUUAAGGAGCGCCUGGGGACCUUGAAACAUCCCCCUAAAAAGAAAAUGAAGCCGAUAAGCCAGGGGGAGGAAAUGCGGGUUUCACAGUCCCCCGAAGGGAAAGGGCUGGCAAACUCUCAGAACACCGUCUCCGUCUCAGAGAAAAAAGAGGAGUCUCCAGACUUGUGUGCUGCGAAGGCAAAAGAUCUGCAGUCAGCCUCCACUCUGGAGCAGUUCAUGGCCAAACUCUGCCCCCACCAUCAGAGACAGAUCAUAGAUGCUAUAGGCUUUCUUCAGAUGGAAGUUAAGGCACAUGCAUCCUCAAAUACACAGAAAGCCCUGAACUCUACCUCUGACACCCACGGGACCACCUGUUCCAAUGCAGUCACUCCUGAGAAAUUACGCCCUCAACUAAGCAUUCCCAGUCAGUCCACUUCUCGGCCAGAAGUCCAGGAACUCUCCCGUUCUGUGCCAAGCAGCUGUGCAAUUAAGAAGGUCCCGGAGAAUGCUGUGUCCCCGAAAACAUCUGUAACUGCUGGCCCUGCUUUGGAUCUUUGCAGCCCCGGGUCCGGGACUAACGACGCUCUGGCCUCGCCCACUGCACACGCACCUCUUAAGAUGAAAAUCAUGACCAGCAACGCUGCUGGUAAGAAGCUGUCAUGUGUGCUCAACGCCACUCUUUCUUGCACCACAUUGGAGGACAAACAGGGUAACUCGCCUUCAUCCAACAGAGCAGAGACUCAUAGUGCCAGACUCAGCUCUUCUAUAAAGAGACACAGUCAGACGAGUCUUAGUCUGCAAGUAGGGCAAAGAGAGACUCUCGGAUAUGCCAAAGAUACACCAGCAAAAGUGUUUCCAGUCCACUUGACCAUUCCGUCAGACUCUGCGCGGACUGCUAGGAAGACCAUCAGAGGCUCCUCUGAGCAUCGAGCUAGGGACCCUGCUUGUAGAUCGGUGAUCGACCCAGAUCUUGGCCAUUGUGACAUUGUUUUUAUUGACAAACCUAUUACAGAAUGUUUGAAGGAGCAGCGGCGCAGCCUGCACCCGCGUCGCAAUGCCAGAAAAAGCACCAGGGGCCAUCUGUACGCAGAUGAAAUCUGGGAGGUAAAAACUGUCCGGACACUGGCCGGGCGGGGCAACUGUCCCAAUCCCAUGCCGGAGCUGAUGACGCUGGUCACCCCAAAACAAGUCCUUUCGAAACCAGAAGGGGUACCUCCUGUGGAUAUGCCUUUUGCUGGAGCAUGCAGGGACACCAUGAUUCAACAAAUCCUCACAGAAGAGACGGAUGAGAGCGUAAUACCAGGAGCUGAUGUUGUAGAGAUAGCAGCCAGCAAAGUGGACGUUGUUGUUGAAACUAGUCAGACGGAUCAGUGUCAGAGCAAGGGGCAGCCCAGUCCACACUCCCUGUUAAUAUGCUCAGGAGAGAACGAAGACACCGAUCUGAACGCAGAGCAGAAGGAACGGGAAGUAAGUCCAGAAUCAGGGAAGAAGACAGUAAGUGAAGAAAGUGCUGGUCAGUCUUCUUUUGAAGCGGUGAAAGAGAAUGAGCCAGAGCCUCAAGAGGGCACAAAGGACAGAGCACAGCCAACACUGGUAGAAACGGAGGGUGAGCCACCAGAGAGCAUCACCACAGAGGAAGCUGCAAAGCAGCCCCCAUCAGAUACACUGCUCCCCAGUGAGCCCGUUCAGCAGCCGGACAGCCCUCAGCCAGCACUGAGUCAAGUCGAGGAAGAGAAAGAAGAUAAAGGGGAGAAAAUAAAAGACGAGCAACCUCAGGAACCUCAGCCUCAGGAACUUCAGCUGGAGACACAGAAACACUGUGACAGCCAUCUAGUGUCAGGGAAGGCCAUCGCCACAGGCUCAGCGGAGGAGAUGGUUGUGAAAGAUGCAGAACCUAGAAAACCUGAGGCAGUUGACGGUACAGUUCCCUUCGAGAAGGAAGAAAGUGAGUGUGAUCUGUCACUGGAUGCCCUCUUGCCUCCUUGGCGUAGGAAAAAAGGCACCAAGAUUCCUCCAACGAGGUUGAAAGAAACGGAUGCAGUGAUAGUGGGUUAUGUUAAAUGUCAACCAGUGUCUGCCUCUGACAGAAAUCUGCGCCACAGACCCGCCGGCAACCAAACAUCACCAUGUAAAACUCCAGGGAAAGCUGGUCAGAACGUACCCACCAAGAGUUUAGUUAGUUCUGCUCUUCAGUCUAAAGUUGAAAGCAGCGAAUUUCAGAAAUCUACUCUUGAAAAACAAAAGACUGUCAAACCGGUAGAGACCACCAUUGCAGUUGUGCAAGAGGCAGAACCAGUCCUUGACAUUCCAUCAAGUCCAGUUUCUAAGUUUUCCUCAAGGACUAAGCAAACCCACAAACGAAAGAAAGGCCAGGAUAGUUUGCCAGUGCUCUCUGAUGAGGGUCCUGAUCACACUCAGAGCUCAGAGCCCAAACGGCAGCUUCGAUCAACCAGCCAGAGGCCCUCUGUCACUCCGGCGUCACCACCCGCUCUAAAUGUCAUCACUUCCAUUUCCUCUCCAGAAUCGUCCACCCUCAUUCUUCCACCCGCAGAGCAGCGCACAACACUUAUCCUCCCUCUCCCACUUCAGGUCAGCUCGUCUCCUGUGGUCAGGUCAGAACCCCCACCCUCCGAGCAGUCCCAGCCGAACACAGUCCCUCAAACUGUGGAAUUAAACACUGGAAAAGCAGAGCCCAUGGAGUCAACAUCAGGAUCUGUACACAAAAGUGAAGCAGAAGGGGUAACGAAUACCAAACAAAAAUUAAGAUCUGCAAAGGAUGUUUCAGAGGACGCUAAUAGUGAAAAACAGACGCUAGGUGAUGAGGUCUCAAAUCCUGCUGAAAGCGUAGGUAAUAUCAAGACCGAGACUCAGUUUAUGCCUUUAAGAAGCAAGCGUGUUCUCCGAAAGGACGCAGAUGCAAGUGAUGUCGCAUUGACCCAGAAGAAAUGCGUUGCAUCCACAGAGGAGAGGCCUGCAGGCGGAGAGGAUAACAGCUCUGUAUCGGAAAGGCCCACAAGGAUGCCGUUAAGGAGCGAGACGAGCAGGACCGAAGCGUCUCAACAUGCUGCCGCCCCGUCAUCCCCAGCAGCGAACAAGAAAUUAACCCUGAGAUCACAAAGAUCUGCCGCACCCGCCGCCAGUGCUCAUACUGAGACUUCAAGGCAGAGCGACGUCGCGUCCCCUCUGAGGGUAAUGCCAGAGAGAACCCCCAAAGCUCAGGCCAAGCCCUGUCCCACAACGUCUCCAGCUGUGCCCCACUGCUCGCACCUCCCCGCCACUGCUCCCAAACCCGGACCCCCAAAACCAACGCCCAACAAAUUCUUUGAGACUCUGACUGGCGAAGAGAGCCAGCAACUCAUUACAAAUCUGAAUAUCAAGUUCGACAAGAUGCAGAAAGGCUGGGUGCAAAUGGACAAAGACGGACAGCCAGCAGUCAAGUACAGAAACAAAUCGGACCGGCAGGCAGCUAUCUGGAAAAGCAAACGCAGGGCGCGCAAACCAAAGUCCUCAGAGCAGCAGAAAUACUCACCUGUCCAAAUGCUCUUCAUGAAAGGGUUCAAUCUCACCAGCAUCUGUCGCUGGUAUCUCGAAUCCACAGAAACAAAGUCCCUGGUUAUUGUCAAGAAGGUGAACACGCGUCUUCCAUCAGAAACUCAGCUGUGCUUCCACAGCUCCUCGAACACACCGGGGACCUCGCAGGGGGUGUUCCCAAGCCUGCAGGCAGAGCGCCUAAAGAAACAUUUGAAGAAAUUCGCCAUUGCUUCUCCUGUGAAGAGCAAUCCCAAGAGUCAGAAGCUCAUUGCUAAAGCAUUGGAGCAAGAGGGAAUUGCAGUCAAGGGGAAAGAAAAAGCCGAACUCCCUAGCAACGCUCAGACUCCGACUAAAGCGUAUUCCUCUGCCAAAGCUUCGGCACAGAUAAAUGAGUCACAGAAAACCUCCGGAAAAUCAAAGAACCCGGCAAGCGCUCGAAUCCUGAGGAAAUACUCCAACAUUAGAGGGAAGAUGCAGGUCCAGCAAACCAACGUUAGACUUAAGGGGGCCUCAAAAAUGCUCAAAAGCAAAAAAAUACCAACAUUAUCCGCCGCCAAGUCCGCAGCUAAAACAAAUUUAAAGCGGCCCCUGAAGGGGCAGAAACCGGCCUUAGCCGUUAGCAAACAAAUGAAAGAGAUCUCAGUAAAACUGGAAAGGAGGAAGCUGCUGGCUGGGAAAACCUCCAAAAAGCAUUUGACUCAAGACAGGGCUGUCAAGGCUCAGGGCAGCGGCAGAGCGUCCAGAGACGCGACGAAAGAAACGCCGCCAAAGAGAUUUUCCCAACGACUCGGGUCCCCUAAAAUGUCCGAGCACAACCCGGAGCACACCCCGAAAAGCAAAGUUGCUAGUAAAAAACAAACCGAGGCUGGCAAAGCGGACGUGGAGAAAAGCUCGGCGAACAGAGUGAAUCCGGCAAAGGUCCAAACAAAAGAGCCCCCAGUGAGCACGCCGGCGGAAAGCAGAGGGGGCGAGAGCGCCCCCGGGAGCCCAGCGCAGAGCCCAGAGCUCAAAGCGCCGGCCCCCGCCGACCAGGUGCUGACACGCUCCCAGAGGAGGAUGGAGGGGGCCGCCCCGCCGAGCGGGAGCCCCGGUAACGCCUCCAAGAGGGCCGCCAAGUCCGCCACCCCACAGGCCGCAUCCCCCAAGUCACUCAGGAAGGGGGAGGAGCCCGCGGUGACCAGAAGUGGAGCCUCGAAGAGAAGCCAGGCGGCCCUGUUGCCACGCGGUGCCGCCAAAGGGACCACCACCAGAGCCCAGGAGCUCUUAGAGACCCCCACCAAGCGCACCAGGACUAAGUGACACGGGCCUGCCCAGAGGGCUGGUCUUCGUUUAGAGGGUUUUUCUUUUAUCUGCUGACAGAGGCCCAGACGUGUCGAAUUUGCGUUCUCUCCAAACUCUUCAGGGGACACUCUGUUCGGUAGGAAGUACCAGGGAAAGAACAGCUUUUCAAUUUCUCUUGCUUUUGUAAAGCCUCAGAGUGAAAGAUGCUAACAUGACGUCACAUUUGCUUAGCAUUUUCUCCGCGUGCAGCGGCUACAGACGAGUCUCGGACGACGUCUCUUUUUUCAGUACUCUGACACGGCUGGAGAUUACAAAAGCCUGUCAACCCUCAUUUUAGAUCAUGGAACAAGAAACUUUAAGAUUAGAUGCUGUUCAAGGUGGCAAAAAGUAAAUUCACCUUCUUGUUUUUUUUUCCCCAUUGCGUGUGUUGUUUUAGUGUGAUCACAUAUACUUGAUUGCUGUUUUUUUUUGUUUUUUUUGUCAGCUCAAGGUGGCAAAUGAUGGAGCUUUGAAUACGAUUUUUACAGCAAGUUGGCAGUUUGUAUCUCCAGCCUGUCUUCCAAUCACAGCAUUAAGUGACCGUUGUGACCAGGUGCCUUAUUUAUGAAAUGUAAUGUAAACGAAUGUGUUGCUAAAUGUGAAACCUCCCCCUUCUCCCGUUGCAGGAGAGCCAUUCAUUCAGUCACUUUCCCCCCGGAGCCAGUGCAAACUGUUUCUCUUCCACACUUCGUCUGCAAACUCACACUUUCUCAACGACAUUCAGAUUUUCUGACUCAGUCUUCUCUGACAAGUUUGUUUUUACCCCUUUUCUCCUUUUCUUUUUCUCCCAAAGCAUUAACACAGAAUUGUUCCUGUUGUAGCUGUUGGAUGUUGAGUUCUCUGCGUGCGUCAUGACAAGUGUCUAUUAUUUGCUGUCCGGGGUCAGAUGUCAUGACUCUGACCCAAUCCCAUCCACUGUCGCCUCUGGGGAUUUUACCUGCUUUUGCACGGGUGAAAAUCCCACAUGGAGACAAGUUUCAAUGCAGCGCAGAAGCCCAGCUCUCUAUUUAUUCAGCUGAUCUUUGACUUGACCGACACUUUCAGUACUAUAAGGACCAUUUGGAUGACUUGGGGAUAUUGGCCUUUGUAUCCCUCUAAGAACAGUGAUUCCUCAGAGCAGAACAAAGGCCUGACAUUAAUGAACUUCAUGGCCUGUUGAGCAUUAACAGCACGUCGAAGAGGGAGAAUUCCUUGCCAGGAAUUUUCACAAGCUGGUUUUGUAAUUUUGUGUUGCAGUUUUAUGAUAUGUGUAUUUUAUUGUCACUGGUUGUUGGGCGAGUUCUCAGAAUGUGAAGCUUCCUUUCACAAUAGUAAGUUACAUGAGCAUAUUGUCAAAGAAAAAAAACAAUUUUAGGACAGUGUUAUCUUUUUUAUUAUUAUUAUGGCCAUUUCCUAUAAGAAGAUAAAUCAUCUGUAAAUGCAAAACAGGUCCACCAUGUUUUUAUUGUUAUUUAAGAACUCCAUGUAGGCUAAUGAAUUUAGCUAAUCUAAAACAACCCACCAAAUAUCAAACUUGAACAUGUUUAUUCUUUACAGUUGCUAUUUAAAGAUUUUGAUUUUUGUAUAUUAGAAAGAAAUACUUGCUUUAUUUGUGGUAAUCCCAAGAAUGAUACAUCUUUAUGUUCAGAACUUUGUAUUUUUGCUGGAAUUGAUAUAAA